GCCGCGGACACACCUUCCUCCUCCUCCCGUCGCCAUGGACGUCUGCUCCUCCACGAUCUAGCCUGUGGCUAUUGGUUAGCACGCCGGCGCCGGCGCCGGCGACCCUAAAGGGAGCGUUGACGUUGUAUCCCGAGAUUUUAUGCUCUAAGCUUUCGAGCCGCGUCAUGGGAAGGAAGCCUGACGCGGUAGCCAAAUCGUAUCAUUCCGGUGGCGGCGGCGCUGCCGCCUCCUCGCCGAGGGCAGCGAGGAAGGCGUCGCCUUCUCCGGUGUUCCUGGGAACCGCGCUGUUCGUUCUAGGGUUUGUGUCCCUCUUUACGGGACACGUGGUCACCGACGCUGACUGGGCGCGGAUCCGCAGUCGAUGGCGACCUAAACAGCAUAGAAACUACGAACCUAUCGAUAUUUGGGAAUCCAAGUAUUCCAGCAUGUACUACGGAUGCAGCGAGAGAAGCACGGGUUUCAGAUCUGCUGUGCCAGAGAACAGUUCCACUGGUUACUUGUUGAUUGCUACUAGUGGGGGCCUGAAUCAGCAGCGCAUAGGGAUAACAGAUGCUGUUGUAGUUGCCUGGAUUUUGAAUGCCACACUUGUUGUACCUGAGUUAGACCACCACUCGUUCUGGAAAGACGACAGUGACUUCUCUGACAUUUUUGACGUGGAGUGGUUCAUUUCCCACCUAUCGAAGGAUGUAACUAUUGUCAAAAGGAUCCCUUAUGAAGUAAUGUUGUCAAUGGAUAAACUACCAUGGACUAUGCGCGCACCUAGGAAAUCGGUGCCUGAGUUUUAUAUUGAUGAAGUUCUGCCAAUACUCAUGCGAAGGCGAGCUUUGCAAUUAACAAAGUUUGAUUAUAGGCUCACUAGCGAUCUUGAUGAAGAUUUGCAAAAGUUACGUUGCCGAGUAAAUUUUCAUGCUUUAAAAUUUACGAGUUCUAUACACGCCAUGGGUCAGAAACUUGUUCAAAAGCUGAGACUAAUGAACACACGAUAUGUCGCCAUUCAUUUGAGGUUUGAACCUGACAUGCUUGCAUUUUCUGGCUGUUACUACGGUGGCGGUGAAAAAGAAAGAAAGGAAUUGGGUGAAAUUAGGAAACGAUGGGAUACAUUACCUGAGUUGAGUGCUGAAGAUGAACGCAGCAGAGGAAAAUGUCCACUGACUCCUCAUGAAGUCGGGUUAAUGCUCCGAGCUCUUGGUUUUGGCAACGAUACACUUCUGUAUGUUGCUUCUGGAGAAAUAUAUGGUGGAGAUAGUACUCUCCAACCUCUUAGGGGACUCUUCCCAAAUUUCUAUACUAAGGAGAAGCUUGCUGGGGAUGAUUUAAAUCCCUUCCUUCCUUUUUCUUCACGGCUGGCUGCAAUUGACUUCAUUGUUUGUGAUGAGAGUGAUGUCUUUGUUACGAAUAAUAAUGGGAACAUGGCCAAAGUUUUAGCUGGACGGAGGCGAUACAUGGGCCACAAGAGAACUAUUCGCCCAAAUGCAAAGAAACUCAAUGUACUAUUUCAAACACGGAAUCAAUUGAGCUGGGAUACCUUUUCACGGAAGGUACAGAGAGUUCAGAGGGGUCUUAUGGGGGAGCCGGACGAUAUCAGACCAAAACAGGAUGACUUCCAUGAAUUUCCAUCAUCUUGCAUCUGCUCAAGAAAACCUGGGAACAUAUCGGCCACAACAUGAAAACCAACCGGACAGGGCAAAUGCAGCGAGGAUGCUGCUAGUUGGGCACUUACUUUGACAGUAGGGAAACAUAUGCUUACGUUGAAAGAAACACGGUAGAAUUAACAAGGCAAGGAGGGAUGCAUAGUGCAUAUAUGUCAUGGCUCGGUAAGAUGCCACGUCAAGGAGAGUUGCCAACUGGUGAUGUCAUGCCUGUAAAUUAUUGUUCGUACAUGAUUAAUUCUUUAAACA